AUGGCUCCCGGCCUCACAGAAACAGUCGCCCUCCGGGCCCCAACAGUUGCACCGCCAUUGAAGGCCGACGCUGGCCAUAAUAAGGAGAAUUUGAUUGGCUACAAGUACGAACAGGAGCGCGAGAUCAAGGGAACAGACAAGCUCCCUCCCGCCUCAUACCCUAACUAUCUUCCUGUUUGGGACAACGAGACCGAGAGAUACCCUCCUCUGGAACUUUUUGAGCACUACGACCACGGCAAAGAUGCCGACGCUUCCUUCCCAGAUCUAUUCCCCAACGGCCAAGCCGAUAUCGACGAGAUCACCCCCUUCAUUGGCGCCGAAGUGCACGGUGUGCAACUUAGCCAGCUUUCAGACAAGGGCAAAGACCAACUAGCCCUCUACGUAGCGCAGAGACGAGUAGUAGCUUUCCGCGACCAGGACUUCGCCUCCCGCCCAAUCCAAGAAGUAGUAGACUACGCCGGCUACUUCGGCCGCCACCACAUCCACCAAACAUCAGGCGCACCAAAAGGCUUCCCAGAAAUCCAUCUAGUAUUCCGAGGCGCCAACGACCACACCGGCUCAAAGUUUCUAGAACAACGCACAAACACAAUAACCUGGCACUCAGACAUAACCUUCGAAAAACAACCGCCCGGAACGACAUUCCUCUACGUCCUCGACGGCCCAACAACAGGCGGCGACACUCUCUUCGGCGACAUGGUCCAAGCCUACAAGCGUCUGUCACCCGAAUUCCGCAAACGCCUCCACGGCCUCAAAGCCGUGCAUUCAGGCCUUGAACAGGUAAAUGCCAGCCUGAACGGAGGCGGCAUCGCCCGUCGUGACCCCGUCACCUCCGAACACCCUAUCGUCCGCACGCACCCCGUUACCGGCGAGAAGGCGCUUUAUGUUAAUCCGCAGUUUACCCGGUUUGUUGUUGGAUAUAAGAAGGAGGAGUCAGAUGCGCUGCUUAAAUUCCUUUAUGAUCAUAUUGCGCUUUCGCAGGAUAUCCAAGCGCGUGUGCGCUGGAGGGCUGGGACUGUCGUUGUUUGGGAUAACCGUGUUGCGUGUCACUCCGCUGUCUUUGAUUGGGAGGAUGGUCAGCGGAGACAUAUUGCUCGUCUUACGCCGCAAGCUGAGCAGCCUUAUGAGACGCCUUUUGAGGGCGAGAAUUAG